AAGCGGGGCGCCUGGGGCACCGCCCCCACGGUCUGCCCUCCCCCGCCACUCCUCCUGGCUGGGCAAAUCCCAGCGUCUCAGGCGCCUAAGUGUCGUCCCCGGAGGUGAGAUUAUCUCAGCCUGUGCUGGACGCCGCCUUUUCUCCUCCAACUUUUCCUCCUCCAGCCAUGGAUGCCGCUCUGCUCCUGAACGUGGAAGGGGUCAAGAAGACCAUUCUGCACGGGGGCACGGGCGAGCUCCCAAAUUUCAUCACCGGAUCCCGAGAGCGGACGGUGAUUGACGACAGCAGGGAGGUGGGCCAGCCCAUGCACAUCAUCAUCGGGAACAUGUUCAAGCUGGAGGUCUGGGAGAUCCUGCUCACGUCCAUGCGGGUGCGAGAGGUGGCCGAGUUCUGGUGCGACACCAUCCACACGGGGGUCUACCCCAUCCUGUCCCGGAGCCUGCGGCAGAUGGCCCAGGGCAAGGACCCGACGGAGUGGCAUGUGCACACGUGCGGGCUGGCCAACAUGUUCGCCUACCACACGCUGGGCUACGAGGACCUGGAUGAGCUGCAGAAGGAGCCUCAGCCUCUGAUCUUUGUGAUCGAGCUGCUGCAGGUUGAUGCCCCAAGUGAUUACCAGAGGGAGACCUGGAACCUGAGCAAUCACGAGAAGAUGAAGGUGGUGCCCGUCCUCCAUGGAGAAGGAAAUAGGCUCUUCAAGCUGGGCCGCUACGAGGAGGCCUCUUCCAAGUACCAGGAGGCCAUCAUCUGCCUAAGGAACCUGCAGACCAAGGAGAAACCCUGGGAGGUGCAGUGGCUGAAGCUGGAGAAGAUGAUCAAUACCCUGAUCCUCAACUACUGUCAGUGUCUGCUGAAGAAGGAGGAGUACUACGAGGUCCUGGAGCAUACCAGUGACAUUCUCCGGCACCACCCAGGCAUUGUGAAGGCCUACUAUGUGCGCGCCCGGGCUCACGCGGAGGUGUGGAACGAGGCCGAGGCCAAGGCGGACCUCCAGAAAGUGCUGGAGCUGGAGCCGUCCAUGCAGAAGGCGGUGCGCAGGGAGCUGAGGCUGCUGGAGAACCGCAUGGCGGAGAAGCAGGAGGAGGAGCGGCUGCGCUGCCGCAACAUGCUGAGCCAGGGGGCCACGUGGUCCCCCGCGGAGCCACCCGCAGAGCCACCUGCAGAGUCAUCCACAGAGCCACCCGCAGAGCCACCUGCAGAGCCACCUGCAGAGCUAACCUUGACCCCGGGGCACCCACUACAGCACUGACGCCCUGAGGCCCACAGCCAGCCUGGCACCCAGGCAGGGAGCAAGUGGCCUGGUCACUUCUGGUUCAAUUGACCAGGAUUGUGUUGUCGCUUUUUGAAAUUUAAAAUUAAUCUUUGAAAUCAAAGUCAGACAUGCCUAUGGUAAAAAAAAAAAAAAAAAAAAAAAAAAAAAUCCAAAGGGCACAGAAGAACUUAUGAAUGAAUAAAAGCCGGUUUCUCCCCUACCUGUCCCAUUCCUUCCGUGCCGUGGUUUUAACUGACCCUGUUUUUUGUUCUUCUGGUAGUUUUCUCUAUUUCCAAGUAAUCUGUUUAAACCAGUUUCUCCACCUGUCGAUUUUACCCCGUGUCAAUGACAAAUGAGGAUCUGAUGACGCUCUGAUCCUUUCUCAUCCCUGCUACCCCUCACCGUCUCCCCAUUUUGGAUAGUUACAUUUGUGGGUCAUUUCUUGGUUAUUUUUGCAAGUUUACGCAGGAUACCUGGAACUCUCUAGAAUCCCACUGACUUUAAUGGGUCUUGAUGUAGGGUGAGCAAGCCCCAAAACUGGAACUUAGCCUGAGUGGGUUCUUGGCUUCCCCUAGGAGAGAUUUCAAGGGCAAGCCAGUAGUAGGGAAGAAAAAAACAGCUGUGGCCUCGAGCGGUGGCUCACGCCUGUAAUCCCACCACUUUGGGAGGCUGAGGUGGGCGGAUCACCUGAGGUCAGGAGUUCAACACCAGCGUGGCCAACAUGGUGAAACCCCAUUUCUACUAAAAAUACAAAAAACUAGCUGGGUGUGGUGGCAUAUGCCUGUAAUCCCAGCUACUCAAGAGGCUGAGGCAGGAGAAUCACUUGGACCUGGGAGGCGGAGGUUGCAGUGAGCCGAGACUGCAUCAUUAUACUCCAGCCUGGGCAACAAGAGUGAAAUUUCAUCUCAAAAAAUAAAAAAAGAAAAGAA